GUUCUGCCAUUCUCUGCUGCUACGCAUGCGCGUAUGCAUGCUCCCCUAUGUUUGAUCUCGAAAACCAUCAUCGGUAUCUAUCGGUUAGCGAAUGGGCCACCUACUUCAAGAUCUGUGCAUGCAAGUCUUUCUUUUGAUUUCCUUACGUAAAGAAAGUCUCCGUACUGCUUCAUCAUUCCUAUUCUUCUUAUUGACGUAACAGCUGACACAACGGAAGGAUGAAGCGCUUCUAAGGGUCUCAUCGGACGUGUCGAUCAUGAACACCAACAAGAUCGUGGAGGAGCUGAAGGAGCAGGCGAACGGUAGCGACGUGCAGAGCGUGGAGUGCGAGUGCUGCGGGAUCUCCGAGGACUGCACUCCGAGGUACAUCAAACGGAUCAAGGAGUUCUUCCACGGCAUAUGGAUCUGCGGGCUGUGCUCGGAGGCGGUCAAGGAGCAGAUGAAGCGGACGCCGGCGGUCACAAAGGAACAAGCCCUGGAGACGCACAUGUCCCUCUGCAAGAAGUUCAACCGGACCACCCGGCUCAACCCCAAGCUCUCCCUGGCCGUCUCCAUGAGGGAUAUAGCGAGGAAGAGCUCCGAGCGCAGGACCAUCACGGACGUGCCGGGGUCCAAGAUCGUGAGGGCGAUGAGCUGCGGUCCCAGAUUGGAUGUCAACAUCAAGCAGUCGCAGGUCCAGUGAUCGAUAUUUCCACGUCUCAUCUGCUUCCCUUACGUUGAGAGAUCGGUGAUGCGUUUCAUUGCGUGGGGGAGGUGGCUGAGUACUGU